AGAACAUGCGGCUCUGUGAGCUCUGCCUCUGGACCUGCUGGGCUGCAGCGCUCUGCUCCGCAGCACUGCAGCCCGCCGGGCACGCACAACAGCACGCGGGACUGGAGACGAGCCCGGCCGGGGGGAGGAGGCUGAGCGCGGGCACAACCACGGCAGCACCGCGGGGGAGCGGAGGGAAGCCCGGGGACCGCCGGAGAUCAGCUCCGAGAGGGCCUCGAGUAUGUGGAGAUCGCUGCUGUGCUGGAUGGAUGCUGUCGCCUAAAACCAGGAGAUGCACCAAACCCAGGUGUUCUCCUCCCUGCCGUAACGGGGCGCUGUGUCGACAGUUUAACAGGUGCGUGUGCAGACGAGGGUUCCAUGGUUACCGCUGUCAGCUGCCCAUGGCAACUCUUUCUGCACCAGGAUGCCUGCUGACAUCCAUCCACCCGACAGAGUUCCCGGUCCACCUCAGACCCCUCCGGAUCCCACCACAACCAGCUCUGAGCCCCCAGAGAAGCACCAAACCUGCUGCCAGCUCACCUCCACCCGAACCUCCACCUGAACCUUCAGACCCAAACCCGACUUCCGCUCAGGCUGAUGGAGAGGAGGACACAAAGGUCCCUGACUCUGGUCCUGCCAAGGCUGUAGGCUUUGGAGGUCAAACUGAAGGGAAUGAUGGGGCUGACAGUGGAGGAGGUGUUUCCAAGCGGUUUCUGACUCGUGAGGAGAACCAAGCCUCCCCAAAAAGUCCCACUGUAAGCCGGCUCGAUCCAGAUCCAGAUGAAGGGCUGACAGCCUCCAAUCAGAGUUCUGAUUCUGGAUCUGAAGCAGAGGAGAGGAGACCAGGCACUUUCGAAACGCCUCCACCCGAGUUUGAUCCAGGACAGGACGAGGAGGAUCAGAAUGAGGGGAAGGCAAGGAUAGAGGAGAAGGAGAGGAGGACAGAAGAGAGGAAGGAGAAAAAGAUGGCGGGAGCAAAAAAACUGAGCCUGAGAGAGGUCCAGGCAGUGCUGCUGAGAAAGACUCUGUCACAGGGAGGAAGACGUGACAAGAUGGCCGCCCUGCUGAUGACGCACAUUGAGAGGGAGAGGAAUAAAGUUCACAGUGCAACCUCCCCUUUUAAUGCUUCCUCAUCCUCCUCGCUGAAAACAAGUGUGAAGACGUUCCACACCCAGAAGGGGCAGUACAGCGUCCAUUUCAGCACCCCGACAGCCGAUGGACAGACAGCAGGAGGAGGAGGAGUGAGAGGAGGGGGAGGAGUAGAGACGAUCCAGGUGAUGUUCACGCCGACCAUCUGCAAGGUGCGCUGUAGCCAGGACCGAUGUGUCAACUACUGCGAGAGAGGCAACGUGACGACACUGUACAGCGGCGGCGAAGGAGGAGGAAGGAGAGAUGGCUCUCACGGACCAGGCUUCAGAGUCUUCCUCUGUCCUCUGCUCUGUAAGAACGGCGGAGUCUGUCUGCAGAAGGACCGAUGCCUGUGCCCGCCAAACUUCACCGGGAAGUUCUGCCAGAUCCCCGUCACACCCACAGACUCCUCUGCAGCCUUCUCCACCAAUGAGAUCGUCAAGCCCGUUCUCCUCUCUGCCAUGGCAUCCAAUCAGGAGCUGGUUCGGUCCGAGUUCCUGCUGCCGCUAGGACGGGACGCAGAGACGAUGACUGCUGGAGCCCCCAGCGGGCCCAUGGUGAAGGUCAGAGUUCAGCACCCCCCUGAGGCCAACGUGAAGGUCCACCAGGUGAAGGUGUCUGGAUUCACUCCCACCCUGCGGACGCUCUCUUCCUCCUCCUCCUCAGGGUCAGCGGGUGCUCCGGCUCCUGCUGACAGCAGAGUCCUGGCCCAGACUGUGAGAGGGGACAGUGUCUACACCCAGCAGUCCGGCUUUAAGUACUGCUUCAGAGAGGUUAAAGACGGACAGUGCAGCUCUCCUCUUCCUGGCCUUCGGAGCAAGGAAAUGUGCUGCAGAGGGAUCGGAAAGGCCUGGGGCAUCGAUGACUGUGUCAUCUGUCCUGAGAACACAGGUGAGAGCGAAGCCAGCUGUCCAGUUGGGUUUGAGCGAGCCAAUGGAACGCAGUGUGUCGACGUGAAUGAGUGCCUGCAGCCGGGGCUGUGUGAGAACGGCAUCUGUGUGAACACCAGGGGGAGCUAUAGCUGUGUGUGCAGGCUGGGGUUCAUCCUCGACGCCUCACAUGGAAUCUGCAUCUCCCAGAGUGUCAUUUCUGAGGAGAAGGGUCAGUGUUACCGGGUCCUGGGUUCAGGUCUGGGUCCGUCCUCCUGCUCCCUGCCUAUCCUCAAAAGCAUCACCAAGCAGAUCUGCUGCUGCAGUCGAGUCGGCAAAGCCUGGGGACCCGACUGCCAGAGGUGUCCGUACUUCGGUUCAGUGGCCUUUAAGGAGAUCUGUCCCGCUGGUCCUGGUUACCAAUACUCGCCUUCAACUCUUAAAUUCAACCACAGAGUCAGCGAACCGGAGGGGGGCGGCGGAGCUGUGCUGGUAAACGGCAGCAACAAGGACAACCAGGGUUCUGUUUCGGGGUCCAGGUCUCCACUGAAACCCCCUGCCUCUGGUGGAGCGAGUACCUCCAGUGGCACAGGAGCUGGGACCAGACCCAGUCCUCCCCAGCCCCAACCUCAGCCCCACCCAGGCGCAGGCUUUCCCGCCUCCUCCUCUUCCUCUUCCUCCUCUUCGUCCUCCUCCUCUUCGUCCUCCUCGUCCUCCUCCAGGCCUGUGCAGCCUGGCAGUGCGGGCACCUCGGCCACCCAGGGCAGAACCCGGCCUUCGCAGAGCCGACCUGAUUCAACACAACUGAGACCUCCGUCCGCCGGGAACCAAGCAGCUGAUCGUUUCUCUUCGGUGUAUCAGGCCGAUCCGCCGCCAUCCAGAGGGGACUCCCUCCCCGCUCCGGCCCAGCCGCAGAGCCCCGAGCGUGGGUCGAGACCCAGCGAAGACCUCCCUCUGGAAACCAGACCGGCUGUGAGCCCGACGCCCCCCAGAGUUCAGACAGUACAAGGCGUGUGUGAGAGCAGGCCGGGUGUGUGUGGCCGUGGCCGCUGUGUGGAUCAGCCAGGUGGGAAACACACCUGUGUGUGUGAUCGGGGCUUCCAGCUCAGCUCGCAGCGCACACACUGCCAAGAUGUGAACGAGUGUUUGCAGUCUCCAGCAGUGUGUUCGGUAGGAGAGUGUGUGAACAGCAUUGGAAGCUACAGAUGUGUGUGUCCAUCUGGAUACAGAAGCAACAGCCAGCAGACCAGUUGCCAAGACAUCGACGAGUGCCGGCAGAAUCCCUGUGUUAACAGUCGCUGUGACAACACGGCGGGCAGCUACAGGUGCAUCUGUCGGCUUGGUUACAGGCUCGUUGGCAACACCUGCACAGAUGUGGAUGAGUGUGCCGACCCUCUGCAGUGUCCGGGUCAGGAGUGUGUGAACACUCCGGGCUCGUACCGCUGUGUUUCCUGCCCGCCGGGACACGGACUGCUCAACAACGUCUGCAGAGACGUCGACGAGUGUCGUCAGAAUCCCUGCUCCAACGGCCGCUGUGAAAACACGCCAGGGAGCUACCGCUGUGUCUGUCACCAUGGUUACAAGCUCCAGAACAACACCUGCACAGACGUGGAUGAGUGUGCAGAGCCAUCUCAGUGUCCCGGGCAGAUGUGUGUGAACUCUGUGGGCUCGUACAGAUGUGUGUCCUGCAGAGCAGGAUUCAGACUGACCGACAGACAGUGCACAGAUAUAAACGAGUGUGAGGACGGCGACUCCUGUCCCGGUCAGCGGUGCGUGAACACUGAAGGCUCCUACAGGUGUGUGGACUGUCGGCAGGGAUACCACAGCGUGGAUGGAGUGUGUACAGACAUAGACGAGUGUGCGAGCGGCAGGGCGUGUGAGGCAGAGCGGGUCUGUGUGAACACCGUCGGCUCGUUCAGGUGCGACUGUGCGCCCGGGUAUCGAACCUCCGGCCUGGGAAGGCAGUGCAGAGACAUUAACGAGUGUUUGGAGGGAGAUUUCUGUUUCUCCAGAGGAGAGUGUGUGAACACGCCUGGAUCCUACACGUGUGUGUGCUCGCAGGGAUUCACGCUGAGUGAGAACCGGACGGCCUGCCUCGACGUGGACGAGUGUGUUAAGGCGGGUGUGUGUUCGGACGGUCGCUGUGUGAACACCGAAGGCUCGUUCCAGUGCGAAUGUCAAAUCGGCUUCACCACCAACCCCGAGGGGACUGCCUGCCUUGAUGUUGAUGAAUGCGUCUUGUCCGGUGGUUCCAUUUGCGGGUCACAGCGAUGUGAGAACACCAUUGGUUCCUACAGCUGCCUCACUAACUGUGAGCCAGGCUACCAGGUGAACCACGCUGGGAUCUGUGAAGAUAUUAAUGAAUGUGCCAACACGACAGUGUGUGGCGCCAACGCCUACUGUCAGAAUCUGUUUGGAACUUACCGCUGCAUUUGUGACCAAGGCUUCACCUCCACUGCCGAUGGAAAGACCUGUGUGGAUGUGGAUGAGUGUGUGUCUCUGCCGGGUGUGUGUGGCUCAGCUCGUUGUGAGAACGUGGAGGGGUCCUUCAUGUGUGAAUGUGACCAGGCAGGUCAAAGCUACGACACGGCAGCCAGACGGUGCGUCCACGCUGCAGCUCUAGAAACAGACUCAGUCCGUGCCCGCCAAUCCUCUACCACCACCUCCUCCUCCUCUUUCCACGCCAGUGUGGUGGAGCUGUCUCCGAUGCUGCCGCCCCUUCCUCAGGCUCGUCCUGGCGAGCUGAGGGAGUGUUAUUACAACCUGGCAGAGCGGGGAACCUGCAGCCUGCUGGCCACCAACACCACCCAGCAGGAGUGCUGCUGCACACUGGGGCAGGGCUGGGGGCUGGGCUGCCAGUACCACCCCUGCCCUACAGCAUACACAGCUGAGUUUCUAACUCUGUGUCCCAGUGGGAAUGGAUAUGUUACAGAAGGACCAGGAGCCUUCAGCUACAGAGAUGUGGAUGAGUGUAAGCGUUUCCAUCCAGAGGUGUGUAAGAACGGCGUGUGUGUCAACAACAUCCCGGGAUACAGCUGCUACUGCUCCAGCGGAUACGUUUACAACAGCACACUGCUGGAGUGUGUUGAUCAUGAUGAGUGUGAAGAGGAGAGCUGUGUGGGAGGGAUUUGUGUGAACACAGUUGGUUCGUAUUACUGCAGCUGUCAGCCUCCUCUGGUCCUCGACGACACCCAACGAAACUGUGUCAACUCCUCCGACCUCAAUGAGGAUGAGAACCUGUCCAUAUGCUGGCAGCACGUGACGGCAGGCCUGAUGUGUCAGAGCGUUCUGAUGGGAGCUCAUGUCACCUUCACAGACUGCUGCUGUCUGUACGGGCAGGGCUGGGGGUUCAGCUGCGCCCUCUGUCCUGCCACCGACACAGAGGGGUAUGCCAGUAUGUGCAGUUCGUUCCCUCCUCCGCCUCUUUUCCCGGCGACUUAUCCGGACUCGGAAACGGAAGCAGGUCGAAGACGAGGGAGUGCUUCUCCAAACCUGCCUCCUUAUGGACUCGAGUACUUCCCUGUGAAUCCUGGCAGAGACUACGGUCGCUCCGACUAUGACGGUUACUCUCCAGCAGAGGGCAGCAGGUCAGGCUUCAGAGGGAGCCUGCCAGAUGAAACGUAUCGUAGGCCUGAGUACAGCACUGGUUACUACUCCGAGGGAGACUACGGGCCUCCUGACAGCUCCCAGUCCAGACCGCCUCCCUUCCGCAUUCCUCCAGACCCACGAGCUGACAUUGGGCUUGGAGUCCUGCCUCCAGCAUCCAGGCCCGACAGUCCUCCUCUCAGCCUGGCCCCGCUGCCUGGAGGUCGCUACGAGGAGACAGAGGAGGAAGAGGAGGACAGGGCGUGGAGGCCGGGGCCGCCCUUUCCUUCUUUCACCGACAGGAGCGGAGGAGUACCAAGGAGGCUGUAUGAGAGGCGUUACGAGUCAUACGCCAGCCUGAGCACAGCUGAGGAUUGUGGGAUACUGCACGGCUGUGAGAACGGCAGGUGCAUUCGUGUUGCAGAGGGUUACACCUGCGACUGUUACCAAGGAUACGAGCUGGACAUGACCACUAUGACCUGCAUAGAUGUAAAUGAGUGUGAGGACAGCGUCAGGAUCGAGUACCCGUGCGUGAACGCUCGCUGCGUGAACACCGACGGCUCAUACCGCUGCGUCUGCAGGAGAGGAUACGUCAUGUCUCGCAGACCGAACCACUGCGUGGCUGCUUAGAGCAGAGUGCGCUGGACUGGGAUCCAGUAGACCAGUGCGCAGACUGGCUCAGGCUUUUUUAUUCUCCAGAUUAGAUAAACUAGACUUGGCCAGGCGAGAAUAGACUGGACACUAAAAGACUCUAGAUUGCACUAAACUGGGCAAAGCUAGACUGGGUUAGCCUGAACAACACAGGGCGACGUCUGAUUAGAGAGCAACUCAUCGUCCUGGUUUAGCCUGAACACACUUCACUAAUGCCUCCACAAUCCAGACCUAAAUACUAGGGGUGCAACGAUACUCGUAUCGAUAUUGAACCGUUCGAUACAGUGCUUUCGGUUCGGUACGCAUGUGUAUCGAUCAAUACAAGAUUUUUAAUUUAUUUUAUCAACUUUUCUUCUGACGAUGCUGUCUGUGUUGAGAGCUCAGUGGAUCUGCGUUCGACUACUCCGCCUAGGCUGCACUGUCGAGCGCAGAUCCACUGAGCACAGCGCAAGCUAGCAAGACAGAAGCUUAGCUCAUUGCAGCAUGGCAAAUUGAACCUCCCCCACCCUCAUUCAGAUCUGGCCUUUGGAACUAUUUUGGUCUUCAUGUGAAGUAUGACCCUGAAGGUAAGCGCGUCAUGGACAAAAGUAAAACAGUAUGUCGGAUGUGCCACGCAGUGUUCAAUUACAUGGGUGGGAACUAGUGCGUUAGUGCAGUUUGCUCGUUAACGUGUUGACGCUGUCCAGCCCCACGCACGGGGCGAUCCGCGGUAGCUCGUUAACGGAGAUUUGCCGUGUUGUGGCGUUAACGUCAUUUCAGAUUAACGCUGACAGCACUAGUGGGAACACAAUGAAUAUGACUGCACAUUUACGCCGACAUCAUCCUAGUGCAAAGACAAGUGGAAGCAGACAAAAACAACAAGCACGCAUGCUACAAACUUUACCCGAGUCAUUUAGACAGCCGUUAGCACAUGAUUCUCCUUAUGGGGACCUGAUAUGUUUAAUAUGCUGCUGAGAGUAUACCCCAGAAGAAGCGUAUAGUAUAGCUUUUAUUUUGGAAAGAGCCAUUUCUCUGUAAUAAACUCUUUUCCAAAGAUGAGGGAUUUCUCCAUCAGAUAUUUAUUUUUUUAUUACUUUGUCAUUUCAGCAACAUUAAAUUUAAAAACUGUACUUUUGAGUUAAAAUAUAUAUUUAUAAUUUUAAUAAAUGACAAAUGAAAAAGGCAUGAACAUUUUUUUGUAUCGAAAAAAUAUCGAACCGUGACACCAAAGUAUUGAACCGAACCGAACCGUGAAUUUUGUGUAUCGUUGCACCCCUACUAAAUACACCCUCCAUUUGUUCACCUCACCUGUGUUGCAGGUGGAUUGUGUUUGUUUUUCUUUAACUGGGCAGGUAGUUAUCAGACAUGUGGUAGUUUGGUUGGACCUGAGUGGUGAUAAAAGCAACGAUAAAUCAGUGUGUCUGUUAGAGCCCAGUGUGGUUGCUGUAAAACACCUAGUUGCCUCAAAUUGUGUGUAAUUCAGUCAGAGUUCAUACAAAAACAUAAACCUGAGCAGAUCAACAUGUCAUCAUCUCAAACCCCCGUAGGAAGCCAGGAUUAUCCUUGGAUGGCCCCAUGGAUGAGUAUUCUUAUUAUACUGCAGUAUUUACUCCAUUUGGACACGCAGCUGUUUCAUCACCUCGUGUGGUGUGGAGUGGACAGGACAUAGAAAAUUCAGUGACACACAGCAAAUAUCACCUAAUAUUAUAAUAACUUUAUAAAGCAUAAAAACAUGAGGGCGAAAAAUGUUUCAGGUUUAGAAACUCUGUUUUAGGGAACAAAAGGUUUGGCCUAAAAGGGACCCACCAUCAUCAUCAUCAUCAUUAUUAUUAUUAUUGUUAUUAUCACUUUCAUCUACAUUUUUAUUCCUGGACUCCACUAGAGUAGCUUUACGUGACACACAGUGGCACAUUAAUCUUCCUCUAAUCGACACGAGCCGAUUUUGUUUCUGUCUCUUUAAGACCCCCCUCCCUAUGAGCCCACAUUCUUCUGAUUGGCCAGCUUCUGGAAGCCUGUUGGGGAGCAGCUCCCAGUGAUUCUGGCUUGUACUUCCUUUAUUCUGUUAGCUGACUCACUGUCGAAGCUUUUGUUUCCCUCUGUAUUUGAAACUCUAACUUGUCACAGGAAACAGAAUUCGUCUCCUUUAAUAUUCAAAUGUUUGUAGCUGAUGUAUGACUCGGUGGUGCAGUCCACUCCACAGUCCUCUAAAGAGUGUGGGACUUGAAUGUUCCAAUCAGACUAAAGAGUUGAUUAAAGUUUGUAAAGUUAACGACUCGUACCUCCUUGAAGCGUCGUGCCCAGUCUGACCCAGUCUAGCCCUGUUUGACCCCGUUUCAUUUAAAGCACUAUACAAGGAACCAAGCUGAACCCAAAGCCCACCAAUACACUCACUGGUCACUUUAUUAGGUACACCUCUGCAGUAACAGGUUGGACGCCCUUUUUCCUGUUUUAAUUCUUCAUGUCUCAACAUUCCUGUAAGAUUUUGGUCCAUAUUAACCUGACAUCAUCAUGACAUCAUCCCAAAGCUGCUGCAGAUUUGUCAUCUGCAUCCAUGAUGAGAAUCUCCCGUUCCACCACAUCACAAAGGUGAUCCACUGGAAUGAGAUAUUGGGCUGAAACAUUGGUUUCCCUCAGUAUUUGAGUACAGUGAACUCAUCAUCAUGUUCAAGAAACCAGGCUGAGAUGAUCUGAGCUUUGUGACACGGUGUUAUCCUGCUGAAAGCAGCCAUCAGAAGAUGGGUUGGACAUGGUCAGCAACAACACUUAGGUAGGCUGUGGGGUUUAACGAUGCCACCACACCAGCAGCUUCAGAGGUGCUCUUCUUUAUACACGGCUCUGUAACAAGCAGCUGUUUGAGUUAUUGUUGCCUUCAUAUCAUCCUCCUCUGACCUCAACAAGUCAUUUUCUCCCAGAGAACUGCUGCUCACUGGGUAUUUCCUCUUUUUCAGACCGUUCCCUGUAAACACAGAGAUGGUUGGUGGGAAAAUCCCAGUUACAGCAGUUUCUGAAACACUCAGACCAACAACAACACAUCACCUGUCUUACCCAUUCUGAUGCACAGUUUGAAACUCAGCAGGUCGCCUCGACCACAUCUUUGCACACUGGGUUAAGCCGUGUGAUUGGCUGAUAAGACAUUUGAGCUAACAAGCAGUUAAACAGGUGUACCUAAUAAAGUGAGAGAUGAAUGUAGGUUUUCCAUGACACACUGUCAGGAUGUGGUCAUGUACAGCAAAACAAAAGGACUGAAGUUGUCCUGUAGGUGAAGAAAUGCUUUAUGUAUGUUUGCUUUGUUUAACCAGCAGAUUUGUGAAGUUCAGAUAAGUCUUUACAGACGUAAUCAUCAGCUUUAUUUAUACAGCUAGCUCUGGUGUGCUACAAUAAAAGAAAUUAAAGUAGAACGAUGUGUUAAAUUAAACUGAGAUUAAAAAGGAGUCAAUGUAUUUAACAUAUGCAUUCAUAAAAUGACCAGCCUCAGUUCUUACCUUAUUAGCAUGAGCCUAAAUGCAAACGUGUUAGUGCGUAAAGUUAAAGCUAGUACACUCACUAUGUGCUACAGUCAAAGCUAGCGUAACCUAAAGUUAUGCUAAUUAAAGACUUUAAAUGUUAGCUAUCAAGCACUAGCUAAUAUUUUGUUCUAAAAGUUACUGCAAUAUUUAAAUUAAUAUUCAACACACCUAAUAAGCUUACUAAUGAGCUUUUAGCUUGAAAAAUAUUAAUACACGUGUGCUCAUUAGCUAUUAGCACACUACCGAAUGAAGAAGCAGGGAGUUUUAGUUUGACGCACUGUUCUACUUCAAAAUAAUUUUCUGUGUACUCGCAAAAAUACUGACGCAACAGUUUUAGAAGACUGCAGUUAAUUCUUUUAAUUGAAUAUUUGUUUAUUUUCUGGCCAUGUUUGCUAGCUAGUGAUCUGUUAGCUGCAGGAUAAUAGACUAGUUUUUUUUCUCUACUAGAUAUACUAGACAUUUAUUAACUUUUGAUAUGUUAGACGAGAUUGAAAAAAACUAACUUGGAACAGAAAUUAUUUUUUUUACUGAAAGUUGUUUAUUUACCAAAGUACUAACAUACUGAGUCAGAAUUCCCAGAGUUCGUUUACUAUAAUAACCAAAGUAAAUAUUCUGUCAGCCUUUUAGCAGCGAGUGGACUGUUAACUGUUAGCUCAAGAGCUAAUUUAUAAGCUAAGCUUCCCAACAGUUUCACAAAUGAUAUUGUUUUGAAAUUCAGAUAUGUACAAAAUGUCACAGAAAAUCUCCUUUGUGAACAGACAUUCCUAACUUUAAAUAUUAGGACAGUUAUAUGUUCUUUAGUACGGAAGAGGAAUAGGGCCACUGUUUAAAAAAAAAAAAAAAAUGGGCAUGUCUUUUUUUUUCUUUUUUAGAAUUCUGAGAAAAAACUUUUUCGUCAGAAUAAUCUUUAAACUUUAAUCUCUUUAACUUUAAUCUCUUGGAUCACUUUAAUUCUGAGAUUAAGUCAGAAUUCUGACAAAAAAGUUAGAAGUUUUUUAUCAUUUUUUUCCUCAGAUUUCUGGAAAAUAAAAAAACAGGAUGUGCCCGUUUUUUUUCCCAAUGUCCCUAAUCCUCUUCCGUACAUUUCAGACUGUGCAUUAAAAUAUUGGCUUUAAUCUGAGCAGGUUUAUAUCACUGUAAAAUUAUCUGCUAUAUUUUUCUAACUUUUAGAUUUCAGUGAUCAUCUGAUUCACAGUCUGAUUCUAUUUAUUUGUCUUCAUGUCAUCAAAUCUCAGGUGCGGCUCCGAACGCGUCACAUCUGAUCGACACAAAUUUUGGGGUUUUUUUGUGACAGCGUGAUUUUCAAAUUGAUUUGAAUUGGAAUUAUGUUUCGAUAACCUAGAAAGUGACGUUUACAGGCAUGUGAAAAAUUAUAGUUAAACCAAACUGUGUCUUUUUAAAAAAUGUAUUUGUGUGUAAAAAAUAAUAGAAAAGUCUAGAAACGGUGGUUUCGUGUGAUGUUCUGCCUCUAGCCUCGAGUAAACACCUGCCUGCUAAUACAGAGUCUCACUAAACUUAACGCACAUUAAUAUCAGCAGAUACAUUUCAAUUUGCCGAGAACUGCUGAGAACGUGGCCAGACUUUAGGUUGAACCUGUUUGUGGGAAUUUUAAGUUUAAACUAAACUUUGGAAUGUCAGAUGACUUUUUGAAAUACUAGCUGUUUUGCUGACAUGUCUGUACUUUUGUGUUUUCCAGAACAUGAAUAGAAUGAAUAACUUUAUGCAGUUUCCACUCCUGAAUAUACUGGAAGCUGUGCUCACUCAUAUUGUGUAUAUAAUAAUUCACCUGCUCACUGAAUAAUCUUUAUUUUGACCAUAAUAUUUCUGGCCUGUAAGAGAACGUGUUGAUUGUGUUUUAUUAACCUCUCGAUGCAGUUAACGUGUUGAAGCGUAGCAUGAUGAACUUCCUGUUUCCUGUCUCCAAGUAUACCAUGCACUGUUCCACGUUUAUGCUCACGUGGCACGUUUUGUACAUUUCGGUCUCUGAUGUUUGUUCACUUGUUAACUUUGCUAAUGAUUCACACUUUUAUCACUGUUUGUAUGACAUGAAAUGAAAAUAUAUUUGCACAUGUUUAUUGAAA